CGAUUCUGUAGUUUAAUUGUAGACACAUUAUAUAUAAAAUAUAACAAAUAGGGCAGCAACUAAUGAUUAUUUUCAGUAGGCUAUAGAUCAAUCUGCCGAUUAUUCUCUCGCUUUUCUUGUCCCAUCAACAGUCCAAAACACAAGGUUAUUCAAUUUACCAUCACAAAAAACAACAAACUUGAGAACAUAAAUCGAUUAAUGGAUGAACAAAAUAGUUGCUGAUUAAUCUAUUGACCAAUUGAUUGUUUCAGCUCUAAUAGCAAAUCCCUAUGUUCUAUAUUUCUGGAUGGAUCAACGGUGAUACUUUGUCCUUCAGUGAUCAUACGCUGCUGGACAGUAUAAAGAUGUGAUAACUCCAUCUACUGGCCAGUGUUAAUAACGUCACUUGCAGUUUUGUCUGUAUGUGACAUGAAAUCGUCACACAAACGCGGCGCUACCAUGGCGUACCGUGUCUCACACUACAUCCAUGGCCUCACACAGCUGCCAACUCGGUUUACCUGAUAAUAAUAAAUCAACGUCCAGUCUGUCUGUGAGAUAGGCUGCUAACUAGCGCAGAAUCAUCAUCAUCAUGGCGGAUCAAGGCGAAACUCCGGCUCCUAUCCUCCACCCGCAACCAGCGCUGACAACCAGCUGGCCAAUUACCAGAGAGUCGUACGAGCUGCAAGAAGUCAUAGGCAGCGGGGCCACAGCUGUGGUGCAGGCAGCCCUCUGUACCCCCAGACAGGAUCGCGUCGCCAUAAAGAGAAUAAACCUGGAAAAAUGCCAGACAAGCAUGGAUGAGCUAUUGAAAGAAAUACAAGCAAUGAGCCAGUGCAACCAUCCCAAUGUUGUCACCUACUACACCUCCUUUGUAGUGAAGGAUGAACUUUGGUUAGUCAUGAAGCUUCUGAGUGGAGGCUCGAUGCUGGAUAUAAUUAAGCACACAAACAAAGAAGAGGACAGAAAUCGAGCGCUAGAUGAGCCUAUUAUUGCUACUAUAUUAAAAGAAGUCCUGGAGGGCCUGGACUAUCUGCACAGAAAUGGACAGAUUCACCGGGAUGUGAAAGCUGGAAACAUACUACUGGGAGAAGAUGGAUCCGUUCAGAUUGCAGAUUUUGGAGUAAGCGCAUUCCUAGCCACAGGGGGGGAUAUGACUAGAAACAAAGUACGAAAGACAUUCGUUGGCACGCCAUGCUGGAUGGCGCCAGAGGUGAUGGAACAGGUUCGAGGCUAUGAUUUCAAAGCAGAUAUAUGGAGUUUUGGAAUUACAGCCAUAGAGUUAGCAACAGGCUCUGCACCCUAUCACCGCUACCCUCCCAUGAAGGUUUUAAUGCUUACCCUACAGAAUGAUCCACCCACUCUAGAAACGGGUGUAGAAGACAAGGAAGUGCUAAAAAGAUACGGAAAAUCGUUUAGAAAGCUAAUAACUAUGUGCCUUCAGAAGGAUCCUGCUAAAAGGCCUACAGCUGCAGAGCUUUUGAAGUGUAAAUUCUUCCAAAAGGCCAAGAACAAAGAAUAUCUGGUUGAAAAGCUUUUGUGUCACGCACCAAAGAUUUCCCAGAGAGCGAAGAAGGUGAGAAGAGUCCCAGGCUCCAGUGGCCACCUGCACAAGACAGAGGAUGGAGACUGGGAGUGGAGCGACGACGAACUGGACGAGAGCAGUGAGGAGGGCAAGGCAGCGGUGAACCAGGGCAGGUCACGAAGGGUCAAAGAUGAGGCCAAAGAUAAUGAGGAGAAUGCCAACAAUGUCCCUAUUGAAGGGUUGUCUAUUCAGCAUCCCCAGGUUGAACCAUAUGGGAAUACACCCUACAUUCAAGGUGCUGUGAACAUGGUGCUACGGCUAAGGAACUCUAGAAAGGAGCUGAAUGACAUCCGGUUUGAAUUCACUCCUGGGCGAGACACCGCUGAUGGCGUUUCCCAGGAACUGUUCUCGGCCGGCCUGGUCAACGGGCACGAUGUUGUUAUUGUUGCUUCUAACCUUCAGAAGAUUGUAGAUGACCCAACUACCUACAAAGUAUUGACCUUUAAGCUGGCCUCCGGCUGCGACAACACGGAGAUACCAGACGAGGUGAAGCUGAUCGGCUUUGCACAGCUGAGUGUUAGCUGAUGCCCUCGUCACUCCUGAAGCAGGUGAGACAGUUCAGGGCAGACAGACUGAGGAACACACCACCACUUCCUGCAACAUCUUCCCCAACACUCUUCCUGAAAACUCACUCCCACUCCUCAUUCCUUUUCACCUUCCCUGAACCCAAGCUCGGCCACCGCCCUACCUACACUCCCUUAGCACCGACUUCCCUGCUCACUGUCCCCUGACCUUUACCCUUAACAACAUUCCACUGCCUAGCGCACAGACCAGGAGCAGGACACAGCCCAGGAAACUAAAGAUGUACUCAGGUGGUGACAUAAGGUGAUUAAGAUGUAGCUUUGAAUGUUCUCUGUUUGUUUUCUUUUACUCAUUUUUCUUUUACAUCACAUUGUCUUUGUGUUCCGCAAAGCUUUCAUUAUUUAUUGAAAAGAAGAGGUUAUUUUUUUUAUGUUGUUUCUCACGCUGUUUUGUUGCCACAGUGACAAAUUGACUCGCAUCUCACAAACACACUCAUUUGUGAGGUUUCCCUGAGGUCUUUGUCAGAAUGUAAGAUUGAGUUAAUUUAUGGGGAAAAGCACAUUUUCAUAAUAACAUAAUGAAUGUCUAAAAAGAGAAAGAGUUGUAUUUCUGUGUUAAGACCUGUUUGUCACUGACAAGAAGGGAACCAUUUGCUUGAGAGUGCAGAAAAAAGAAGAGACCCGGAUGGUACUGUGUUUAAUUUGCUGCUCUCAACAGUGCUUAUGCUUCAAAAUGUUAGAGGUGCCUUGUUCAUUUUUCUGUGCCUAAGAACGUAGACAAUGAGACCACACAAAGAGCAGGACCUGCAGAUUACCAUUUUAGUUCAAGUCAAGUAUCUAAACUUAAUAAGACACGCUACAAUGCACUUUUGGGCUGAGUGUGUGCACCCGACAAGCAGAUGCUUAGCCCCCGGAGACAAGUUAACUUGUGCGCUUUUGUCAUCAGACAAAUAAAACAUAACAGAACCUAUAGUCAUGUAAUCUGCUCUGGUUUACAUGUAUUCAGAUGCCACGUUAAUCGGCUAAACCACAACAGUUUAAUUUGUUUGCUCUGUCCUGCUGCACUAUAAAACCCUUUGUUCCCAAAAUUAUAGCAGUUACUGAAAUGUACUGUAUGACAAUGCAUCUGAGGAUGAAACCAAAAGGCAACUAUUGAAAGAGUGACGAGCCAUUUGUUUGUCCAAAGUCCAGUAGCUUGAAAUUAUUUUUAAAUAUUGAGGUGGUAAAUAUUAACUUCUACUAAAUUCUUUUAUGAAGUAAUUUAUUGUGUUUUCUAUGUACAGUAUGUGUACCAUUUCAGCAUAUUGCCCCUGUUUCCUCUCUGUAAUCAGCUGAUGUCAAAUUUCUAAAGAGGAGCAACAAUAAAGAAUUGCUAUUAUUUAAAA